AUGUCUCUACAAAUUUUGCGAAAUAAGCCUAAAAGGCCUUUUUGGAAACUUCCUCAACACCGCUUGCCAGUUCUCUCUCUUUAUAAAUCAUUGCUUAAUACUUCUAGAUCAUUUCCUGAUGAUCUUCACCAAAAAUAUUUAUUUUACAAUAUUCGUCUAAAUUUUAGGCUAAGGAGGCAUGAAACUUCGAUAAGUAAAACCGUUGAAUAUUUAAAAGAAGCUCAAGAGUGCAAGUCCAUUAUAAUAAAAGCACUUAAAGGAAAUCAAGAGGCUUUUCAGCACAUUGAUGAUUUAGCUUGGGGUAGGAAAGGUAGACUUAAAGAAGUUCUGGAUAUCUUGGCAAAUUGGAAGAGACCUAAAUUACACAAGUUCGUUUUGGAUACACGUACUCAUGGUGCUCGUACUCUUGAUCCUCAUCCUGCUUAUAGAAUUCCUUUAGAUAAGCGCUUAUAUACUCCACCAGAAUACAAAGAAUUAGAAAAGAAAUUGCCAAAGAAAAAUCAUUCUUUUGGAUCUGAUUUAAAAAUACACACAGUAGUUACUCAAUUAGGCUAUAAGCUUCAGCGAGUGCGGGGUUUGAAACAACCUACUUGGAUUUCCAUGAUGAUGAAUAAACGUAUAAGAGCUCAUCAGAGACGUAUUGAUAAAUUUCAUCAGCUGGAAGAACAACUUGAAAUGGUUAGAAUAGAACAACAUAUGUUGAGCAUGUUAGAUCCAAAGUUAGCCGAAGAGGAAAAAGGUUUUGAAGAGAGAAUACUUCAGGAAUUAAAUGAAAGUAAAAAAUAUCACGAUAAGAUGAUAAAGUUGCAAGCAAGAAAAGAAUUGGAUGUAGACAUUUAA